AUGGAAGAGUCAAAUUCCAUUUUCUUCCAUGUCUUUGAGAUUGGUCGAAUCCCCGAACAUUAUGCCGGUUCUUCAAAGUCACAAUGUAAAGUGACUACCCUGAGAUUCUCCGGCCUUGCCGCGAAGACCCUCUUGAUGCAUCCGAGAUAUGUCUUGGAUCCGCUUGAUUUUGAAAGGGUGUCACACUUUAGACACAUUAAAAAAAAACUGAUCAUAGCUAGAGUAAGAGGAGGAACAGUCGGAAGAGCAAGGAAAGGACCAGAGCUUCGUCUUGGGGACAUAACCAUCGUGAAAGAGGCGAUUAAGCCGGGAAGUUACUUCGGAGACGAGAUUCCUUCGAGCAUGGCGAUCAUAAAAUGUCACCAGGACGAAGUCUUGGUGCUGCCGGAAACUGCUAAAUUGUUGGCUUAUUCCGAAAGGUACGAGGUUGAGAUGUUCUCAAUUGAAGAUCAUUUCUUAUGUAUUCAAGGACAUCCUGAAUACAACAAAGAGAUUCUCUUCGAGAUCGUUGAUCGUGUUCUUGGUUACAUCAAGGUUUGUUAUAUUUCAAUUUCCCUUCUCCUAUAUUAG